CCAAACCUACAUGUGGGAGAUAUUUGCUUUUUGAUUGCUUGUUUUACAUCUCUAACUAAGCCUUGAUGCGAUCUGUUAUCUGAAGAUCGAAUACCACUUCCCACUUAUCAUCUUGUUUUUGCGACAAAAAUAGGCAUAGCAGUAUUCCCUUCAAUCAUCCGAAUUCCCAAUUAUACACAUAUUUGAUCUUUUCUAUAGACUUGACCCAGUUUUUGAGUAAAUGCUCCGCCCCACUGAACUCAAGCCUUAUUUGCAGCAUUCCUCAGUUUGCAGCAGGGGCUGCACUUUUUUACGGGACCUCAGGCUAAACAGAAAACAUGAUGGAGAUAUAUUUGUUUUCUGUUAUUUUAGCAACUAUCCUCAUCACACCGUUUGCGCUUAAAACUCUGUCCCCUUAUCUGUGGAUGGAUAUUCUGUAUUUUGGGGAUCUCCUGCGCAUUUUGGUGAAGUUUGUCUCGAGGCGAAGAAGGAGACCUUUCUUCUUUGUUUUGGACCGUUUCUUGGAGCAGACCACUGCGCAUCCACACAAGCCCUUCAUUGUGUUUGAAAAUGAAAACUACUCGUACACUUUCACAGACAAGAGGAGCAACAAGACAGCCAACGCGCUCCAGUCUCACCCGGGAUACAAAGCUGGAGACACCGUCGCACUUUUCAUGGGGAAUGAACCCGCCUUCAUGUUUACCUGGCUGGCUUUGGCCAAAUUAGGCUCUCCUGUGGCUCUCCUCAAUCACAACAUCCGCACAAAGUCUCUGCUGCACUGCUUUAACUGCUGCAAGGCCACAGUGUUGAUUGCAGCCUCGGAGCUAAAGGAAGCAGUGGAAGAUGUGCUGCCCUCACUCAUCGAGCAGGGUGUCACCGUCCUCCUAAUGACAAAACACUGUGACACCCCUGGGAUUGAGAGCUUCUCUGAUAAAGUGGACGAGGCGCCGGACACCCCGCUCCCUCGAUCUCUCAGAUCACACAUCACAUUCAAAAGUCCUGCAGUUUAUAUUUACACCUCUGGGACUACAGGUCUCCCUAAGGCAGCCGUGGUCAAUCAGAAUCGCCUCUUAACAGCUCUGGUCGUUUUAUCUUCAAACGGUGUAACAUCCAGUGAUGUCAUCUACCUCAACCUGCCUCUGUACCACACGGCUGGAUUCAUCGUAGGGUUUAUUGGCUCCAUUGAGACAGGGUCAACGAUCAUUCUGAGGAGGAAGUUCUCUGCCUCUCAGUUUUGGGACGACUGCAGGAAACACAGUGUGACUGUUGUGCAGUACAUAGGAGAGGUGAUGCGUUACCUCUGUAGCACACCGAAGAAAGAAAAUGACAAGGACCAUAAAGUACGCCUGGCCAUUGGCAACGGUGUCAGAGCAGAGAUAUGGAGAGAGUUUGUCAGUCGCUUUGGGAACAUUCAAAUCCGAGAGUUUUACGCCUCCACUGAGGGAAAUGUGGGAUUUGUCAACUAUGCAGGGAAAAUUGGAGCAAUUGGACGAAUAAACUUUUUUCACAAGAGGCUGUUCCCCUUCGCCCUGAUCAAGUAUGACACAGAGCGGGAUGAGCCAAUUAGAGAUGCUAAUGGCCUCUGCGUGGAGUCGCCCAAAGGUGAGACAGGACUCCUGGUGUCAAAGAUCACAGACAUCGCUCCUUUUGUUGGCUACGCCAAGAAUGAAGAACAGACGGAGAAGAAAAGACUUCGAAACGUUUUCAAGAAAGGAGAUCUUUACUUCAACAGCGGAGACCUGAUGAGGAUCGAUAAAGACAACUUCAUUUACUUUCAGGAUCGUGUAGGUGACACAUUCAGGUGGAAAGGCGAGAAUGUGGCAACGAACGAGGUGUCCGACAUCCUGACGAUCAGCGAUUGUCUCAAAGAAGCCAACGUUUAUGGAGUCCAAGUACCAGGGCAUGAGGGGCGGGUAGGAAUGGCAGCAGUCACUGUGAAGGAGGGUGCUGAGUUCAAUGGAAGCAGAAUAUAUAACCAUGUGGUUAACUACCUGCCUUCAUAUGCCCGACCUCGCUUUAUCAGAAUACAGAAUGCCGUUGAGGUGACAGGGACUUUCAAGCAAAUGAAGGUGAAGUUAGUGGAGGAGAGUUUCGAUCCAGGACGUAUCCAGGACCCUCUUUACAUCCUUGAUGAUGCAGAGAAAAGUUACGUACCGCUGACAGCUCAGGUCUACAGCUUCAUCAUAUCAGGACACAUCAAACUAUGAGUAGACUCUCAGUGUUCAUUAAAUGUGCGGGCAUUGAUACUUUUAAUAAUGAACUUCAUCUUAGUGACUGAACAGAGAUUUUAACUCAUGUUAUUUGUGUGUUGUAAAAUAAUAUGGAGACAUAGUAAAUGGUUUCAUUAAAAGCAGUAGAUGGGAUCAGAAUAUAAAUGAUAUAUUUACUGCCAAGUGAUAAUAUAAAAAGUACAUUUACAAGCAUGAGGACUUCUGCUUUUACUUUAUUCAGUCUAAAAAUGGUGCUGAGAAGCAACGCUGUACAUAUGAAUGAUCAAAUUGUUUACUGAGAUGCUUCUGACAGCGAGGACAGUGGCUUUUAGACUUUCUCUCAAUUUUUUUUUUGCCAGAUUUCUGCCUACCCAGCUUUAAUGCAAUGCUUAUAGGAAAGACUUGAGUAGCAUGUAAUUGCUUAGAGUUACAAAAAAUAUGUAACACAGGUCCUAAUAUGAAUUUCAUGUUUAUGUGUCAAUAUCUGUAAAUAUGAAUUACUUACAUUACUACAUCUCCUAUAAAUUAAAGUAAUUCUAACUUGUUUCCAUGUGUAUAUCACCUCUGAUUUACUCGUAAUAAUCAAAUCAAAGACAAAUUCCAGGUGUGACUGAAGGGGACGACCAUAAGGUGGAGACAAAAACACAUGCAACCAGAGUCUCUGCCCUCAGUGUAAUUGGGAUACACAGCACAUUACAUUUUACAUUAUAUAAUUUAAUGUAGACACCCUAAAAUGACACCUUGAUGUGAUUAUUAAACAUUGUGUUCCAAAACCAUCGACAUUCAUCUGCAGUCUAUUGUCUAAAUUAUCACAGACUGCUAAGGCUUCUCUUAGGUGGAACAACUAACGUGCAAAAAAACAUGACAAACGUGCAUAGGAGUACGUGUACACUUCUGUGUUUAGUAUGUUCUGACAUGGACACCAUGUUUAUGCACUCUAGUGGUGUCCAGACACUAUAACGUUGACGACUUUUCUAGGUUAGAAGCAGAGAAUAGCUAAAUAACUGCAGUAAACAUUAUCAGCAACUAAAACUUUUUUUUUUACAUGAAUGAAAACAGUAUUCUUCUUGUGGUUAUGCACAUGUUCAAAAGCCUCUGAGAUUGUGACAAUUUCAGACGUCAAUAACUGCAUCUAAAACACACAACUGUGCAGCAAAAGCCUGUAUGGGUUUCUUUAAGGGGGGUGUUUUUCCGUAUCCUUUGUAAGGGUCAAAGGACAGAGGGAUAUCGGAUGUUGUAAAGCCCUCUGAUGCAGAUUGUGAUUUGUGAUUUUGAGCUUUAUAAACGAAAUUGUAUUGGCUUAAACGUGCAACUGGAGUGAAUGAAACAAGUGACGAGAAGACAGCACUGUUAGUGAGGGGGAGGAGAUGGGCCUGGGGGGGCACUACAGCGGUGUGACAGCAAACCGAUGAUGUCAACUCGCUGUCAGAGAGAGGAGAGAAUGAGAGAGCAGUUCUUAGUAUUAAAACUGUUUGAAAAGAUAUGCAUCAAAAUCAAUAUGUUUGACAGCACUAAUGCACUCUAUGAUUUUCUUAUUUUUCAUGUUGUAUGACAGUAUGGAUUCGGGCAUUACCAUCUACAAUCAGACAUCUUAGAUUAAGCACUGAAAAUAAAGAACAAAAACCCUGUCCGGUGGCAUCACUUUCACACACUGAAAAGAUACAGUCAUCAUAGCAUGAGAGCCUUACUCAUUAUUGUUUUCUCAAAUUACUUUCUUAAUAUAUGAACAGUCUAGCCCAAGAGCCUCUUUCCAGAUAUAUCCACAGACAAGACAGUGACAGAGUAACUGGGGGCAUGUUGAAUGGCAGCUUUAAAUACCACAUUGUAGAUGGAAAUUUGGACAGUCAGCUUUCUCCAUGUCAACUCUGGAAAACAUUCCCCACUGAAAACAAUUAAAUUCCAGAUAUGAGGUCCUUUACAACAAAGUUAAAGUGCUGGCUAAAGCAAACCAGAGCUGUACCCAUUUUUAGCUACUUGUAUUGUAAAUUCAGCCCAGUUGGUGGAAGAAAAUGUUGGAAUUGUAUGUUUCUGCGAACAACAAAUACGUUGGCAUGUUUCAAGCGUAUCAUAUCACUUGGUCAUCUGAAAGUGGAGGUGAUGGUGGACACUGUGACAACUGGUUGAGAGGUCUGCCAAGCUGGAGAUCACUGUUCAAAAACAACACCACCAGUUGUGUUUGCUGACCCUUGGUGACGUUUCCACCGGUGUUUGUGGCAUGGAACCUGGGUGUUUUUCAUUGAUUUGUCCCUGCGUUUUCAGCAGGUUUUGUGCUGCCAAACAUGGGUGUUUUGAGCCAAACAUGAUCUUUUCCUGACCAAAACCAAGUGUUUUUUGUGCCUUAACCUUUUGCCUGAUGAAGAUCUAGUUACUGAAACAUCACAAUAAAUGUAUCACUUGCAAGUUAGACAGUGUGCAGGAGUUUGUCUGCAAAUUGUGUCCUGCUCCUCCCACUCCUCUGCACCUGUGUUAGACUUCACCACAGUGUUGAGAAAUGUUUCAAUGUAUAAGCUACAAAAUAAUGUACAGAUGUAACAUAUCCAUGGCUUGCAGAAACAUACAAGUAUUUUUUUUUUGGCAAUUACCAAAGUGUAUUGUGGUAUGUGUAUCUUGUGGUUUUUAUGAUACUGAAAGCUGUAUAAUUAAAUAACACUGUAAAGCCCAAUGAGGACUAAAGCUAAAUAAAGGCAAUAGCUAUAAA